AUGGCUCUCAAUCUUCCUUAUGAGCUGUUCGACCUUGUCAUGGACGACCUCUUCGAGUACGACCACACGACAGGUGAGAGGAGGCUCAUGUACCGUUCCCAGCUCGACUUUUUCGCCAUCAGGCUCGUUUGCAAGGGUUUUUGUGCUGCGGCCGGCGAUCACUUCAGUAGUCUUGUCGUCAGAAAAGUCUUCCACUUGAUACCCGCGCACCUGGAAAUUCUACAACACCUCGCUCAACAGCCGCAAGUCGCCAAGCAUAUCAGAUCACGUGUGCUCCCAUUUAGCACCUUCUACGAGCUCUGCGACCCCCAAAGCCCCUACUAUACCUCUCCCGGACGCACCAUUGACCAUACUCUGGACCUCAUCGAAGCCUUUGACAAGAUGUGCUUGGAAACAACAUGGGUAGGGCCCGAUAGGAUGACGACGAUGAUUUGUCGCGUUUUGGAAAAUCUCCCCAAUUUGGAGUCUAUUGAGGUCUUGGACGAGGUUGCGGAUCCCCUUUUUGGCCUUGCGACAGGGGACAAAGCGUGGCUGCGGAAGUGCAACAUUCCACAAUGGGGCCUACAUUGGCAUCAUUUUGAAGGGAUAAGCAGUCCGCGUCUCAAAGAGACGUGGUGGGAAGGAGCACGGGCGUCACUUGUUGUUAACGAGGCUCUGGUCCUUACGAAGCCCUUGUUGACCAAGAUGACUCUUUUGGUAAACGGAGCAGACGCGACGCAUACCUGCUCGUUGAAGGAACCGCCAACGAAAUCUUGGAGCGGCACAACGCCCAGUUCCCGAACCUGGAAAGACUCUCUCUCUUUCAAAUCAUGGCGUGCCAAAAAGGACUGGGAGAUCUGUGGCACAUAUACGCAGCGCAAAGCAACCUCAGAAUCGGGCCCAUACGAAAACCUCCUCGAAGUACAUGUCGGGUACCCCGUUGGUUGGAUGCAACUAGAUGAGCUUCUCUUCGUCAGGACCCUCGGCCAGCAACCGAACACGCGCAAGCAUAUCCGCCUGGAUGCUCACCACACUGAGUAUCGGUUCUUCAGAAUCUUUGAUCAUUUUGGGUUCGUGGCUGACGAGCUGUUCUUGGAGUCCAACAAGCACAGCUGGGUUCGGUGUAACUUUUCAAAUAGCUGGCAGUUCAUUGCACAAUGGAAUGUUGGGCAAUACGCAGUCAACAUCUAUGCUUUGUACUAUCCCAGACGUAUGGGGACAAGCGAGACGUACAGAUUGUGGAAUGACCCGAAUAAUGUCGAGCUUUUCGUUUGGAAGGGGCCGCAGAUGUAG